GAUGUUAGAAAUUCCAAGAUUUUGAACAAAGAAAGAAUUAGUCGAUCGUAAUUGAAUAACUUUGACCAAUUAAUUAAUGAGAUUGGUCAAUUCUCUUUUCGUUCGAGAUCCAGAGCGACUUUUAUUUUAUCAUCGUGACAAACGGUUGCUGAAUUCGCAACUGAAUAAUUUCGUGUUUUCAUCGUCAUUCCACUGAGGCAGUCACGCGAUUGGCUGUGCGUAGUCGCGGACGGUAAUGGCGGCGGUGAGAAACCAAUAGCCGCGUGCAGGGCGCACCAAUCCGGGCCAAUUAGCGUCGACGUUCCGCGUUUCCCAUUUUUAACACUGGCGCUCGUGUGCUUCCGGUUCUGUCGGACCGAUGCGCCCAUCUGUGUUUAAAUGACACCUCCGUGUGUCGCCAGUUCCUCUAGCGCUGCUCUGCGCGCAUUUGCUGCUGACACAGUGCCGCCGAUACCACUACACACUGUACAAGUAAGCCGUGUACACCGACGAAUACGUACGAAACCGCAAACUGUUUUUAUAAUUAAUACCACGAACUACGGGCUCUGUGUCUGCGGCGUUCGCUCGAUCGCUCGAGGCACCAGCAAUCCUCGCAAACCGUUCGCGACACCGUCGGCUUCCCGCGCGUUAAGCAGAGCCGCUGCCGGUCGUGCCGAGGUGCCCCUUCCGAGAGCUGCGUCCCCCCGUGCCGCACGCGAGAGCGCCUGAAAUCCAGAUAUCUGCCUUAAUAAUUUUAAGAUUUUACAUUUGAACGUUUAGUUUGCUGUUUCCAGCGAAAAAAUAUUCUAGAAGUUAGAAAAUAAAAAAAUGGUCAUGGAGGCAUCUCCUUCGCCCCAAAGUGUAGGUCGGGAGUUUGUUCGGCAAUAUUACACAUUGCUGAAUCAGGCACCGGCUCAUCUUCACAGGUUUUACAAUCAGCAUUCUUCCUUCGUGCACGGCGGAUUGGAUUCUAAUCGAGAAUGUACCCCGGCAAUCGGACAAAAACAAAUACACCAGAAGAUUCAACAACUGAACUUUCGCGAUUGCCAUGCCAAAAUAAGUCAGGUGGAUUCUCAGCUUACUCUUGAAAAUGGAGUUGUUGUUCAGGUAUCGGGAGAACUGUCUAACGCAGGGCAACCAAUGCGUCGAUUCACCCAGACUUUCGUAUUGGCCGUGCAAGCACCUAAAACUUACUAUGUGCACAAUGAUAUCUUCCGUUAUCAAGACUUGAUAUUCCCGGAUGAGGACGAAGCUGACGUAAGUGCCGGAGAUAGUGGUGAAAGUGGCGAGAGAGAAGUGGAAGAAAUCGGUCGAUCUGAGCCUGAAGAAGAUGAACAUCAGCCUCAAGCUCAGCAACUGUCGGCUCCUACUCAAGCUGCUGAGCAGCAAGCUCAACCGCCUCUCAUUCCGACCCAGCAACCUCCGCUGCAACAACAGCAACCGAUGUAUUACGCUGCGCCACCCCAACCACAUGUUCAUCCGGUAAUUCAGCAAGUGUUGAACGGAACGGUGCAUGAGGAGGUGAUUAAUCAGCAAGCACCACAACAGCAGCAGCAACAACCGCCACCACCGCCUCCGGCGCAGCAACAUCCAUACAUAGCAGAGCCAACUGCUCAGUCUCAGUUCGUGCAGGAAGCAGAGCUAAGUAACGGAGAGCAGCCACAACAGCAGACCGAGAACGAGCCUCAAGCUCAGACAGAGGAGAGAAACGAACAACCUGAGACAGAAACAUUUACUGUAUCCGCACAAGAGACCGAACCUGAACAUCAGGUGUCGAGCGCUGCUGUCAACAGCAGUGGACCUAAGACAUAUGCUAACUUGGUAAAGGCCUCUUUCCCAGGUUCCACUACAAGUGCUACUAGCCCACAAGCUCCCAAGUUAUCCAUGUCUCCGCCACCUAUGACGAAUCUACGUUUGGACGACAGAUCACCAUUGCAUCCCGCAAAUAACGGACCGACGUCUAUGUCUGUAUCCAAUAAUGUAUCCGUAGUUCAACAACAGGCGCACCGCGUGGGCGGAAAUCCACCACCGCAGCAACAACAGCAUCCUCAGCAGCAGCGCAUUCCAAGAGGGGGAUUAAUUCAAAGAGAUGGAGAACGUCGUGGCACAAGACCAGGACAAUACAGUGAUGCUCAUCAACUUUUCCUUGGCAACCUCCCACACAACGCAUCUGAGAAUGAUUUGCGCCAGGUAUUCGAGCGCUAUGGUAGAGUGGCUGAAUUACGCGUACACAGUAAAUCGAACGACAGAUGCAAAGGACCGCAAGGCGGAAGCAAUACUGCUCGAGUACCUAAUUAUGGAUUUAUCACGUUUGAGGAUCAACAGGUUGUGACUAAGGUGUUAAACUCUCUGCCUAUCUAUUAUCCUGACGAGAGUGGACAAAAAUUAAAUGUAGAGGAAAAGAAGGUGCGACCUAGGCCCAUGUUGGACGGUAGUGGUGGUAGAUUGAACUCUGGCGAUGGCGGUAUGCGCUCCAUGGGUGGACAACAGCAACAGCAGCAACAGCGUGGACCGGGUGGACCUGGAGGUGUAAUGAGAGGUGGGCAACAUGGUGCACGAGGUGGCCGUGGAGGUUUUUCACGGGGCGGUGACGGUGGUAGGGGUGGCAUGCGACAACCGGGCAAUCCGAGCAAUCCCGGCUACCCAAACCGUCGCUAAUAUCGGCUACAUUACGCAACAGUCACAAGAGCCCCUUCUGAUUUCGUCUAUAUUGGAUAAAAUCAUCGGUACCGUCAUGCAUCUGUCAUCUUCAUUUCGAGAAGCGGAAUUCAAGACUAUUUCGUAUGUCGCACGACCUCAUCACCAACGCCAAUCUUAUAUGCUUAAACGUCGCUUGCAACAACGUUCGUCAAGCAACAAUCGAUAUUAGCUGACGUAGCUCAAAAAAAGAAACUCGUACGAAACAUGAGCUCGAACAUGGAUGACGUACCAAUCAAAAUCUCGAACGAGGAUCACUUCUCGCGCGAGAGUUUGAGCUCGGUGGUGUGUAUAUCUAAAAAUGAUCGGUCAGACAGAUGAUGAUCAUUGGUUCGAAUUCGUCCUUCGUACAUCGACAAUCGGGCAAUCCCGUAAGACAUUGCGAAGCGAAGUAUCCACAAACGUCAUAGACACAUACACGUACAUGUGCAGCUGUGCGAUAAGUCCAAGAAGAGCUUACAGGAGAACGUUGUCGGAGUGUGGCAAAUUUUAGUGCAAACGGCGAAAGAAGCGACGGAACGUGAUCUGAAAUCGGGAAAUUGUGUCGAAACUCUUUGUGAAGCGGUUUCAGAGUAGUGCGCAUCAUUCGUCACUCCGCGCGUUUACUCCGGCUCGCCAAAUCGCAGGACGAAAAGGCAGCGGAGCGAAUUCCGAUGCACACAGAUACACACACACACAUGCACACAUACACACGUAAUCAAGCGAGGGGCCGCCAAGCGAAAGGAGUGUCGCUGUGACAUGCGAGAUUUACGCAUCUCGUACGCUUUCGAGUCGACUCAUCAUACGCUGAUGAAACGUCCCGUUGCCCUAGGAAGAAUCGGCGUUGCUAGCAAUCGCACGGAACGAAUCCCGACGAAACGAUUACAGGAUCCCAAGACUGUCCCGGUUGCACGCGGAAGAAGAAAAAAACAUAAGGAAAGGCGACAGUUUCUUUUCUUCUACGAUCUUCUCCUUUAUUUAUAUUGCCGAUCACUAAUGGACUGGUAUCGAUCGUAGAUAGACAAUGCUUCUAGACUGCAGCAACUGGUCUCGCCGUUUUUCCUCGCUCCAUCCGCAUAUAAGCAUACAAUCCUGGCCUCGUCUCGUUGCAGUUCGGAACUUUUUGUUCGUGCCUACCUUAUUCCUGGUCUCACUUUCCUUCCCUAUCUUUUUUUUUCUAGGAACAAUUACAUUCUCCUAACAUCUUUCUACGCUGCUCAGUUCUCUCUUAUAGACUUUCUAUUCUAGCAUCUACCUCUCCCUUUCCCCCUCACAUACUUAUUAUUAUUGUACUUUUGUUUAGGUGAAGUUAUAAGUAAGGAUCGCGCACGCGCAUGGUCUGACGUUGUGUCGUUCAAUCGUUAAAUUAUCACUCGCGUGGCAGCGGUUUCACGAGAGUCAAUAACUUCUGGUAAUCGCAGAACUCGCAUUAUACAUCCAGUAAUUCAGCGACUCUGAUAUAACGCUCGAAUAUCUGGCGCAAACCAUUCUCGGCAUCAAAUGUAAACUGCAAUCGGCACAAAGUGCGGAAAUGCGUCCAACGUAGCGACAAUGCAGAACAUUUCCGCACGAUGUGUAAACCACUGUAAGAGUAACAUCUUUUUCGAAAUACAACGCAUCUUAUUUCUGUGGACAAUAUUAUCUUAUUCGCGUAGUAUAUUCAUGCCGCAGUUAGAGUAUGAAGCGAAACGAGAGUUCUAGUCAGCAACAACAACAACAACAACAACAAGAAGCAAGAUAAGUCCUGCGAUUAUUAGAGAUUGAGCGGUGCAUUUCUCCCGGCCUAUCAGCCUCAUUCCUUUAUGAAACUAUCGGAAUUUUAGAAGUGAUCGUACUGAAAUCCGCGCGAUACUGUCGCAGAAAGUAACGUCAAGUAAAUUUCUAAUUUCCUUUUUUGUCUUAAAAAAAAGAAGGAUAUUAAAAAUUUGAACUUGGUAAUAAGUAGUGAGAGAGAAAGAGAGAGAGAGUGUGAGAACGAGAGAGCAUGAGAGAAAAAGAAAGUUUGUGUUAGUUUAUAUUUCUCGUCGUUGUGAUCAAGAUCAUCGUGGAGAUUGUUAACGUAGAUCACGCACGAGCGCGACUCCACAUCCGCAGUAGUUUGUAAUCGAAAAGAAAAAAUAAAACAAAAAAAAAGAAAACUCGUCGCGACGCACCGCGUCUGGGACACGGCGACCGCGCCCCUUCUUCGGGGCGCCGCCUUGUUUAACAUCUUUUUAAGCAUGCAGUCUAGUAAUUAAUAUUCAUGUAGUAUUAUACGUGAUGGUGUCUCACAAUUCGGGACGACGGUGACGACAACGACGAUGACGAUGACUGAUAAUGGUAAUGACAGUGGCGGUGAUGAUAACGCGGCCGCUCUGACGCAGACGCGGAUUAAAGGGAUAGGUUUCGCGUGGCUGCGAUUUGCUUUUUUUUGGUAAUAAAUAGUAAAAAAGAAAAGUAAACGAACGAACAUCCGACAAAACCAUCUCAAACGUGCGUACUCGUUGGAGAUAUGUAACGUCUCAAUUUUAAGCCUAUAUGUAUAUUUCCGUUAUAGGUAUUAACAAAAGAAACGCUACGUAGGAAGUAAUGAAGGUUCGAUCCAUUUCGAGUCCUUUUCCUUUAUAAGUUAGUUUAGUAACGCGCGAAAACGUAUUUCCGGAUUUUUGUCGGUAGUUAUCACGUAAUUGGCUCACUUUAAUAUUGUUAAAAAAAAAGAAAAAAAAAGAAAAAAUUCAUCAUUAAAUAUGAAUCAGAAAUAUACAGGAUGGAGCACUUAACUUUAUCACUUCUCUCUUCCUUGCGACAGAAAAUAGAAUAUUGCGUGUGUCUUAUGUGUGCGAUUAUGAAAGAGAGGAUCGAGAGAUAGUCGCUUUCAUGCCAUUUUCAUUUAAUUAGUCAAAUUCUAUUGCAACCUAAAAGUUUCUUGAGCUAUUAAUCGCCUUCAAGAAUAUCUUACUUUCAAAAAAUUUUCAAUAGACAUUUUCUAUAUCGUUUACACGACAUCCUCUUAAAAUCAUGUAAAACACUUAUCAUAUGGAACACGUUGCGAUCGCGCUGUUCGUUGUACAAACUUAUUUAACACUUCGACUGAAAUCUCAGCCGCAAUUUCUUGGACACUAUGGCAUCUAAAUACAAUUUAAGACUUAUCUCUCGUUUCAGUCACGAAUGACAAAUACGAAUUAAAAAUAAAAUACAUCAUGUACAAGUGCCAUAAUUCCCAAGGAAAUAAAAGUAUCAUGCACGUAAUCUGUAAUACGACGGUCAAAGUGUUAAAGAAAGAACUAAACUUUUGAAUUUAUAGCAUAGUGAUAUUAGGUACAGCUCAUGCUCAGUUAAGGCAAAAUUUUUACAAAAGUGACUUGCACUUUGUUUGAAUAUAUUAAAAAAUAUAUUCGUCGUUUUUUAAACGAGAUUUAAAUUAAUACUCCAGUGGUAAAAUGUUUCCCCUUUCACGGUAUGUACGAAAUAAAUGUAACAUUAGAAAAAGAGAUAUUGAAGCGCCAGCUGCUUCAACUUUGUAUACAUAUGUAGAGCAUAUUUAAACGGAUAUUUGUAUGGCUAAGAGAGAAUUGUCGUUCUAGAGCCUCUUGUACAUUAAACGGUAGACCCGUUCCCAUCAUUUUUACCCCAACUUAAGGCCGAUUAUGCAUUCGAUACUUCUUUAUCAGUCAGCGCAUCUCGUGCAGACGUAGAGAGAGAAAAAAGUAUUUUAAGCUGAGCGACGUAGUCGUUCAAUAUUUUAAAUCGCAGUUUAUGACUUCCGAUUUUCGCGUGCCACUUAAUAUAAAGUAUUCUAUACACCAUAUGCUCACGCGCCGUUUGACUUCACCACGUCCUUAUCCAUGUGCAUAUCCGUGUGUUCAAGUACAACGUGUUCAAAGCCGCAGUUACGCGAGAUCAUCGCUUUACAUAACUUGAAAGAGAGCUCUGCAAAUUUUUAGUGUGAAUGUUUUCGUUUUUAAGUAACUAUUAAUAUUAAUGAUAAUGAAGAUAAAUAAUAAUAACGAACGAGGGGCAGAGAGAGAGAGAGAGAGAGAAAGAGGGGGGAGAGAGAGAGAGAGAGGACACGAAGGAAACUACAAAUAACUAUGUAAUAACGAAAGAACGGCGGUUGAUAAGUUAUGAAUUUUUGUAGUAUACAUUAUUAUUUCGGUCUGCCAGGCCAGUUUGUGUGUACAACCAAUUGAACAUGUCGUUACUGCGAUAAAAGAGGAAGAAGAGGAUAAUGUUAAAGGAGAAAAAAAAGUGAAAAAAAAACGAACAUCAAAUGUAUUGUAACUUUUUGCAUUUAGUAUAAUAUAUAUACUUACCUUAUACUACCAACCCCUA